AUGCACGUACAGGUCAACAAGAUUUGUAGCAGUUCACUCAAUAUGCAGUUUACCCUCAUUUCCCAACAUAAAUUUCCUAAUCAACUUUGUCAAGAGAUUGAUCAAGUUUUGAGGUCUUUUUGGUGGGGAGGAUUGUCGGGGGAGAGGCAUAGGAUUGUCUGGGUUUCAUGGGAAAAAAAUUGUCGCGCUAAGAAGGAAGGGGGCCUUGGCUUUAUGAGUUUUUCAUCUUUUAAUGAGGCUCUCUUGUUAAAACAAAGCUGGAGAAAUUUGAAGAAUCCUAACUCCCUAGUUGGGCAUGUUAUGAAGUUGAAAUAUUUUAACAAUAUGUCUCUACGAACAGCUCCUCCUAAGGCUUCUGAUGUUUUUGCCUGGAAAAGCAUCCUCUCGGCAAGAGCUCUUUUUCAGUCGGGUUUAUUGUGGAUUAUUGGAGAUGGGAGGCUUUAA